AUGAAUAUAAAUAGAAGGACCAUAAUCUUAUUUAUAGUGAUUUUAGUAUCGUUGAUUAUCACUGGUAGAUUAUUCUUGAGUAGUCAGGAUGAUUUGAUCUCCAAUGAGAAUAUCUUAGGUAUCACCAAAUUAAUUUCAUCGGAGAAUAAUAUCAAACAAGAUGAAUUAUUGAAUAAAUUAACGAAGUUGAAUAAACAAUUGUUAUCUAAACAAGAAGAGAGAUUAAUCAACUUGGAACAACAGAACAAGAUGUUGUUGAACAAAAUCAAUCAAUUAACAACGAAAAACUCCUUAAAUAAUGAUGCCACUUUGAGAGAGAAAUUGAUCAGCCUUGUUCCAUAUGAUUCCUCGAUUAAAUUUCCGGCUUAUAUUUGGCAAACUUGGAAACAUGGAUUGAAUGAUGAAAGAUUCAAUGCUUUAUAUAGACAAGGAGAAACUCAGUGGGCCAUCAAAAAUCCAGGUUUUGUUCAUGAAUUAUUCAAUGAUGACACGGCUUAUUCUGUUAUCAAACAUUUAUAUUCAGGUAUACCUGAAAUUAUACAUACUUAUGAAUUGUUACCUGAAGUCAUUUUAAGAAUGGAUUUCUUCAGAUAUUUAAUAUUAUUCGCUAAAGGAGGUAUUUAUGCUGAUAUUGAUACUUAUCCUUUACAACCUAUACCUAAUUGGAUACCUGAAAAUGUAUCACCUAAUGAACUUGGUAUGAUAAUGGCUAUUGAAAUUGAUAGUAAAUCUAAAAAUUGGGCCAAUGAUUAUCAUAGAAGAUUGCAGUUUGGACAAUUCAUUGUUCAAUCAAAGCCUGGACACCCAAUUUUAAGAGAGGUUAUUUCUAAAAUUGUAGAAGAAACUUUACAUCGUGAAAAAUUAGAGAAACUUCAAUUGGUAGGUAACUCUAAUGAAAAACAAUUGGAGAUUUUGAAAUGGACUGGAUCAGGUAUUUGGACUGAUGUUAUAAUGAAUUACUUUAAUGAUUAUAUUAAAUCAUCAAUUUAUAAUAAAAUUACAUGGAAAGAUUUCACUGACUUAAGUAUACCAAAAUUAGUCAGUGACAUUUUAGUUUUACCUCAAAAAUCUUUUGCUUCUGAUAUUGAAAUUCCAAAAGAUGGUAAAAUUGAAGAUCCUUUAGCGUUUGUUAAACAUUAUGCUUCCAAGAUUUGGAAGACCACUUAG